AUGCAACCUUCCAGCUUCCUCCUCGCGUCGUUCCUUGUGGUGCUGUCCGUGACAUCUGGCACGUCAGCCCAAGCCUGUUCUGCCCAGGGCAAAAACGUCACCGCGACGGGGUUCGUCAUGGACAACUACUGCAUCGAUUUGGGGAAGCUUAUGGACAACCCGACCGUAAAGACACUCGAGGGCCCCGAAGUGCACUCGAUUCACUGCCUCGUGGACCUCAAGCCGUGUGUGGACUCGUUGUACACGUUGCUGGCGCCUCCCGAGAACGGCUCCAAGCUGUACACGGUCAAGUACCAGUUGGGUGCAGCCGGCUCCGCAUUGGCCAAGAACUACGCGGAAAACGCGCGGUUGUUGGGAGGAAAGAAGGGCUUCACUGCGACCGUGACGGGGGUGGACGAUGGCACGCCCGAGUUGAAGUGUGUGGAGCUGUCCAAGACGGUCGAGGUGGACGGCAAGCCGCUGACGUUAUCGUCCGUGUCCCCC